AUGGUGAGAAAGUGGCAGUUUAUUGAGAGUAAAAAUCGUGUAUAUUGUAAUGGUCGUUGUAUUACUGGUCAAAAUAUUGGAAUAUUGAUACUUGCACUAUUUUUAAUCACUAUUACAUCUGGUCUUUUCUUUGCUUUUGAUUGUCCCUAUUUAACCAAAGAACUUAGUCCAACGAUACCAGUUUUUGCAGCUAUUUUAUUUCUUUCUGUUAUUUGUUGUAUUUUACGUACGGCUUGUACAGAUCCAGGUAUACUUCCUCGAGCAACACCUGAUGAAAUACUUUAUUUGGAAAAAGAGAAUUCCCAAAAUAUCACAUUGGCUGGGCAAGUUAUGGUAGUUCAAAUGCGUAGUGGACAUACGCUACAACUUAAAUAUUGUCAAACAUGUAAAUUAUUUCGACCACCAAGAGUAUCACAUUGUUCGUUAUGUAAUGCAUGUAUUGCAAAUUUUGAUCAUCAUUGUCCAUGGGUUGGAAAUUGUAUUGGUCUAAGAAAUUAUCGAUAUUUUUAUUUCUUUUUAUUCUCGUUAUCAAUUCUUUGUGUUUAUAUCUUCGUUUUUAAUAUUGUUCAUAUUGCUUUACGAGCACAAAAGAAUUCAACUGUUGCUGAUGCAAUUCGUGAAACACCAGCAACAAUGAUCGAAGCAUUAAUAUGUUUUUUUUCAAUUUGGUCUGUUAUUGGUUUAUGGAGUUACCAUACAUAUUUAAUUUGUCGUAGUAUAACAACAAAUGAAGAUAUUAAAGAUACAUGGAAUACAUCAGAUCAUGAAGAAAAUAUAAAAAAUCCAUUUUCUCGUGGGAAUGGAUGGUUAAAUUGUUUUGGAACAUUAUGUGGUCCAUUACCACCAAGUUUUUUAAAUUUACGAACUAUAGUUCAACAGGAAAAUAAUAUACCGAUGACAACAAUGAGAAUGAAUGAUAGUCUACAGGAAACAACAAAGUAUCAUACUGGUGAGAAUGGCAUUUCUAAUAAUCGUGUGAGAGACAGUUCUGUAUCGAAUCUUCCGCGUUCUUUUCAGCAACAACAACAACAACAGCAGCACCAAGAGCGCUAUUUACCACCCGAUUACGCAUAA